AUGUGGAAACUAGUUUAUAUUUGUGUAGUGUUGUAUCUAUUUCUUGAUCAUGUGACUGAUACUGAAGGUAGUUUUGUUGUCCACAUCACACCGUUAUCCUUUAUACAAGCCGUAAAAGUCUGUGAGCUUGGUUACAAUGGAAAAUUAGUGGGAAUGUAUGACGUCAGCAAUGACAUCAUGAAUCAACUUUCAGAAAAUACCAAAUAUUGGACCAAUGAAUACACUGUUCUUUCCGACUGGAUCAAUCAUGAAGGCUGUUACAACACCAGCAUUUUGCCGAUUUCGGCUAUAAUGGAUAUCUCUAUCAAGCCUCACACGGUGGCGUCAUGUUACGAGGAGUGUAGCAAUGCCAAAUUAAUUGCUCUUCAGGAUGGUAGGUGCUGGUGUUUAUCUGGUACUGUUCAAGAAUCAGAUCGGUUAGACACGUCGCUAUGCACGAGCACCUGUACCGGAAAGGACGAGUACGAAUUCUGUGGUGGUGAAGAAUUACUCAGCAUUUAUUCCAAAUUUCAAGAGGCAGAUGACUCGAAACUUCACCACAGAAGAUGUAGUUAUUAUAAGUGUAAUUCUACUAAUCCUAAUGGAAUACUUGCAGCAGAUUUCUGCAAUGGAACUCACUCCAUUAUUUGUAAAACAGAGAGGUAUAACAGUUCCUCAUUGAGUAUCGACACAUAUCAUGCGGCCGUUGACCACUGUCAUACCAAUGGAGGUUUGGUUUACAAUAAUCCAACCACUGGACGUGCACUCUGUGACAUUCGAGUCAAAAUUUACCACAACAAAGGUUUCUGGACGUCCAUUCAUCGUUAUGAACAGUUUCUGGACGCUGAUGAUGGAAUCAAAAAGAUCGAAAAGUCUUACAGAUGUAAGGUCUUGUUCGUCCGAAACAAAGUCAUUCAAGCCAGAUUAGAGCCAUGUUAUUCAACGGAAAAACGACCUUUCAUCUGCAAAUCAGAAACAGCUUUCGUAUACUUUUUUGCAGAAGGAACCACAAUAUCAUCGGUGUACGCUCAAAACACAAAAACUGAAGAAAGAACCACAAUAUCAUCGGUGUACGCUCAAAACACAAAAACUGAAGAAUUAUCAGAAUCCUCAAUAUCGGGAUUAGUGGCAGGGAUUAUUGUGACGUCAUUGUUAAGUGUAGUCAGUGUAUUGGUGGUCCUCAUACUAGCAAGGAAAAGAUUUCAAAGAAAAAUGAAAAGAAAACGAACAACGAAAUUUACAUACAGAAAUAAUAUGGUUACAGUAGAUGAUGAUAAUGAUAACAACGAAAUUGAAAGAUGUGAGAGUCAGAUAGGAAACAGACACGACGUUAACGAUCCCGAGCGGUACGCAAGCACGCAACAGUUUGAUCGGAAUACUAAUGAAAUUACUGAUGAAUAUGAUAGUGUAAAAAAGUAUCCAUUGUCAAUAAUCUCCACGGAAAAGGUGUACGAUAACAAUUCUCAGAGUGGAGAUAGUAUGUAUUACGAAAUGUCCCCGGAGACUGACACACCUGAUGACGUCAUCACAAACGGGGAGGAGACAUCUGCAUUAUCAGAUGCCAAUACCAUAAGGGUUUCCGAUAACCCUUUACCUGAAUAUUUAGAAAAUAUUUACGACACUGCAGUAGCAAGUAUUGUACAUGAAAACUCACUUAGAAAAUCUGCAAAGCGAUCAGAACAAAACCUGCUUCUUAAAGAGGAACAGAACUGUACUUUAAGUGAAUGUGUGAAUGAAGUUCCCUACGAAGCCAUGGAAUCACUGGAAAUUCCAGAGGAUAAUUAUAAAGAAAUGGCUGGGAUAUAAAUCCGACAAAAAGAUUUGUUGAUAAGCAAUAUUGUUUAACAAUUAAUGCAUGCACAUGUUAUUAUGCAGUUUCUUUCAGAAACAGUU